CAUGUCAAAUUUGUUAGCAAAAUUAUUUGUUUUUAUAUAGCUUGUUUAUAUUUUAUUAAAUUAUUAUUUAUUAAAUCGAAUUCUGUUCCAAUUUCUUGAAUUUUAGUAUAAAAUGCGCAACAUUGUGAAUUAUGUGGUGAUUGUGUUAUCACUGUGUGCCGUCGGUUCGCUUGCUAUACGCUGUUACCAAUGCUCCUCCGAUCAGGAUCGGAAAGGUUACGAUAGUUGUGGUGCUUAUAAGCCAUUUAACCGGACGGAACAUAUUCCCAUCGAAUGUAACAGUGAUGAAUCACAUAUGCCCGGAUCGUUUUGCAUGAAGGUGGUACAACAAGGUCCAAAGGGUUUCAUCUGGGAUGGCCGUUGGCGUCAAGUAAUAAGGCGCUGCGCCUCAGUUUCUGAAACAGGUGUGACUGGUGUCUGCAAUUGGGGUGUUUAUGAAAACGGCGUCUAUUGGGAAGAAUGUUAUUGCUCUAAUGACAGCUGCAAUACCGCCUCAAGCAUUAAUGUAUCAAAAAAGAGUUUCGCUUUAGCAAUUAUUGCAGUAUUAGCGCUGUCAUGCAAGAAGUUUGUGAAUUAGGCAACGAAUCAAACGAAAACUGUCUCGAAAAAACAUUCCGUCCAUUUUAUUGGUAUAUUACUUUUAUUUUUAUACUAAUAACCAUCAUUAUCUAAUCGUUCGUAAACUUAAGUGCCUUAAUGUAAGCAUUUCGCUUUAAGUUCAAAUUGUAAAAAAAUAUAUUUCACGUACAAAAAUUUUUUACACAUACACUGCAAUGUAUACGUAAUAAAACAGACAACAAUAGAA